CAACUCUUAGAGCAUGAACCAAAUCGUUAUAACGGAACGAAUGGGAGAAAACAGUCUUUUAUGUAGGCCUUUGAUACUUGGGAACUCGACUGACCACCAUACCCUGGAUGCGUCUGUUUAAAGCAAUAAGCAUAUGUUUACUAAGGUUAUAAUCACGGGUAUUCACAAUGUGAACCAAACCGGAACAACAUCUCAUGUCAUACUUCCGGUCCCAGGCCAGCGCUUUGGUUCCCUAGGAAGUGGUAUUACUCUCACCCCGGGCCAACCUGUUUGUUUCAGAUUAUAUACUGUACAGUUAGUUGUCUAACUAAGACAAAGGAUACCUAAUACAAGUGUACGCUCUGAUUCUUACCGAAAUAUUUAGCAAAAAGGCGGACGAUUCAGUCUGGAUAUAAAACAAUACAUGAAAAUGUCGUCCGGGGAUGAAGGAACGCCAUCGUUUAAGGAAGUCCAGACAGCACGUGCCCUUGGGGCGCUCUUCGGAAUGGUGGCCUUCAAUCUGGUCCUGGUUGGAAUUGCCUUAAUAUUACGCCGGGUAACCCGACCAAAAGAAAACGCCUCAAAUAACUCAAUGGAGCUUAGAAAUGGCAAAUACAAAAGAAAAGAGAGCCGUGCCAAUGUAGACCCCGAAAAGGGCCUCGGCGCAAAACAUUAUGAAGAGCCCCCGGAAGAGCUCAAAAUGGCAGAGAAAAACACGAAGGAAGCUGUGCCGGAACACCAUGAUAAUGGGGGAUUUGUUGAUGUGGAUCUUGAGAACGAGACCGAGGCUAAAAGUGAGGCGGCGUACGAAACGCCAAGCAAAUCCGAGGCCGCGAACAAAGAUAACCCCUAUAGUAACCUAGAGGGCGAUAAUAUCAAAUCAAGUAACCCGUCUGAUCCGUCGGAGGACUACGAAAACUUCCAAAGUGGUAGACAGUCGCAAGCAAAAAGUACCGAGGCUGCAGUGUGUUACUAGUUGUAAAGGAAAGACACUUACUUUGCGUGAUUUGUAAGAUGUAUACCACGCAUGGUGGAAUAAUCAUUAGUUUCUACGUGGAAUGGUAUUGUCCUAACAAAUUUUGAAGAAGGUUUUUUUUCAAUUUGAUAUUAUUUAGCCAUACCUAGAUUUUCAUGAUUAAAUUAAUUAUUUUCAUGUGAACGAAAAAGUUUGGACAUCAGGAUGUGAAACGGACAUCAUCAGCAGAGAAAUGCUCGUCUUCUCAUGGUGCGCGCAAGCACUGUACUAUCGAGAAGUAAGCUUUGUGUAUAACUGCUGUGCUGUUGAGGUCAUGAAUGACCUCGGUAAUGCAACGGAUUUGAGGACAAAUUCAAAUGAUUCCCCACAUUACAUCCCCAUUUCAGCUUGACUUCCUAAGUAAUUUGUAAAUUUGAUGGCAUAUUUUGCUUGAUCCAUUAUGAUAAACACAUUGUCUUAGUAUGGACAUCAGACAGUUCUCUUUCAGUUGUUGUCUGCCCUAUGUCUUCAUCCACCCUUGUAUGAAGAUAUCCUGAAUUUUUUCAUGGUAUUCAUUUAUGAGACUGUGAUUUAUUUAUUUAUUUAUUUUACUGGUGUUUUACGCCGUACUUAAGAAUAUUCCACUUAUACGUCGGCGACCAGCAGUGGGCAUUAAAACCAUAGUUUAUAUUGCAGCUAUUUUUGCUAAUUUGGUAAUUUCAAAAAGUUUGAUAUUUCUCCGACAUCUUGACGUUUGGCAACUUUGUAAAACUAAACAGGUUGGUUUUAACGGCUACACCUGGCCAUGAAGACAUGACGAAUUUAUGUCUUUUUGUUUUCCCACUUUCGAGUUUUUGCUCAUUUUCGUAGCGAAAAUAAGAAAACAAGAAAUGAUACAAAAGCUUAGGACUUUUUUUCUGUUAAAGAUGCUAGCGCAUUCUACAAUGAUGUGGAGAAGAUCUUAUAGUUUUGUCGUGAAUAUGUUUAACCUUAUUUUCCAAUUAAUAGCUCAUAGAAACUUGUAAAUGUGAAGAUCACUAAUUUUUCAAAAGUUGGAGCAAGUAAUUUUUCAUCAGUAGUAAUUUGCUUAAUUGCGGAUGUAUGUACAUGACUAGGAAAUUGUGAAGUAUGUUAUGUUGGACAUUUCGGAUCGUUUGGUAUUGUUAUAAAUGAGUGUUUCUAUCUUCAUGAUUUAUUAACACUUCUUUGUAAUAUUUGUUGUAUUACUUAUAUUUAUUAUAUUUAGCACAUAAACAUAAGCAAAGCUUUAACAAGCGUAACGCCCAAACAGGCAUGUGUGUACUGUUCAUCAAGACUUACAGCACACGCAGCGCAUUAUCACGUACAAGACAUAAAUAUGCUCAACCACACCUAAAACAGUUCACCCUGACUCACACCACUUAUAGCUGAAAGCUGUAAGUUUAUAAGGCCAUUGCAAUAGCUUAAUCAAACACGAUCGAAUAUCAUGUCGUAGUUGUAAUUAAUAAGCCAUUUUUCUUUAUUUUUAUAUGUCUCGAUACAAACCCAUAUGAUUCACAGACGAGUAUUUACAAAAGAAAAGUUAUUGUUGCAAAAUUAUUUAAUUAUUUGUUUCAUUGCUUCAGAUGUAGAUGAUCCAAUAUGCAAAUGUUGAUCCAUUUAAAUAAAGUCAUUUUCUAUUU